AUGACCUCAAUCUCCGCCGACCGUCCGAAUAGGACGGAUCCCGCCGGCACGGGGAGCGCAGAGACCUCCAAUCGCCCACAGAAGCUGCAAGAGUCGUGGACGUCUGAAUCCUCGGGGAAUGCGGUCGCAUCCGAGUCACCUCUGCAGUACUCGUCCUUUUCCAGUUCCGACAGCGACGAGCCGCUCCGACCUUCCAAUGACGUGGACGAGGAUGACGCCGGCGACGUGGUUGGGGUCAGCAUCGGGCGCGCUCAGAGCCGCAUGAAAGCUCGCGCAACGCCCGCCGAAGAAAAAACCCGAGCGUUGGAACAGAACGGCGAAUAUUUUUCGGCGAUCCCAGAUCCCGUCAGCGAGGAUGGCUUGUUCAUUUCUCAGAUCACAGCCGAACCUGAGCAGGUGGAGCCAACGGUUCAGACUCAAGUGCCGGCCUCCCAUCCGUCUCAAAGAACGCCAGCGACGCAUCCUGCCGCCCCCUCCGUGCCGGUGGACCGCCGGACGCCCAAAGGUCCCCACACCGACCAUCACGAGGCUAAAGAGAGCGGUAAUCAACGGUCCAGCUUCACCCGUUCGCUGUUGAAGACUUCGUUGCCGCGAAGACCGCGUGCUUGGUCCGGGGAAUUGAAGAGGUUCCUGCCGGACUUGGGUUCGCUGGCGAAAGUGCCAUCUCUUUCGUUUCGUGGUAAUACGCAUAACCGACCUCGCAGCCGGACCACGGAAGGCUCAAGCAAACGAAUUCCGGGUGUCGAUACAAGGUGCACAUCGCUAGACCGGAGAAAGCCACCUUCCCCGCGACCAACAAACAAUGCUGGGCACGAUGAAGAUGAAGGAGACGACGCCCGGCCUAUUUCAGAGCUGCAGUCGCUGGGCGGCAGCUCAGCUGUAAAACACUCAUACUCGAAACGGCCCAGUCUGGCGCAGAAACGACCACCAAGUCUGCGCAAAUCAUCUUCAGAUCAAUCUCUUUACUUGCGCGCAUCUUCGACCGCAUCGUCGCUGGAACAGCGACCGCUAUACGAAAAUGUACAUUCACAGGUCAACAGCCGCUUCAAGGCGAUCAAGGAUAGCUUGCAGGACUCAAGUAGCCGACUGCUCAGCAUGCCCAGCCUGCAUUUACAGGAUAUUCGGGGUGAUUGGGCUAAUCGGCCCUUCUUCAAUGAGAACGGAGGCACAAAUUUGAACACUGCAACUGAUAAGGGUGCCAAGGUACAUGCCGCUAUGCCUCCACCUCCACCUCCACGAAACCACCCUCAGUCAACGCAUCCAAUCCUGGAACAAGCCAUGUCAGAACUCACCGGCGAUGUCGUGAUUUUGGGAGGCUACCGUGGCUCGAUCUUGCGGUCUGCUAAGCCGCCACACCGGCAGCUCUGGGUGCCGAUGAAGGUUGGGCUGAAUCUGCGAAAGGUGGAUUUGGAGGUCGGUUUAACUCGAGAGGACGAAGAACGCAUGGAGGAGACGAUCAUCCCAUCCGGCGUGCUAUCCCAUGUCGGUCCUGUGGACGUCUGUCGGCGACUGAUGAAGCGGCUGCGCAAAUGCGACAACGCCAUCCGCGGCGACAUGCGCGUCUGGGACUACGGAUACGACUGGCGCCUCAGUCCUGAACUGUUAUCCCAGAGACUUAUCGCUUUUCUGGAACGCUUGCCUUGCAACCGAGGCUCCUCAGAAGGCGCUCUACCAAUCCGACGGGGUGCUACGGUGAUCGCCCACAGUCUAGGCGGACUCAUUACCCGGCAUGCUGUGAACCAGCGACCUGAUCUCUUUGCAGGCGUCUUGUAUGCGGGAGUACCGCAGCACUGCGUCAACAUCCUCGGUCCGCUUCGCAACGGCGAUGACGUCCUGCUCAGUUCGCGGGUGCUUACCGCACAGGUCAAUUUCACCUUCCGUACCAGUUUUGCUCUUCUCCCCGACGACGGUCGCUGUUUCAUCGAUAAACAGUCCAAGGAAGAAUACCGCGUUGACUUCUUUGACCCUAAAAAAUGGGAAGAGCACCGCCUCUCCCCCUGCUGUGGUCCUGCUCUGCCCGCAACGUCGGCAGGCAGAGGGUUCAAAGAUUUCGCUAGCAUUGGCAAGAGGUUUUCGUUAGGUGCUCGAGAUGAAUUGAAUUUCAACGAGCAAGACCUCAACGACCUCAACGACCCCAACACCAGCACAGAAGAGGAUACACAAAACCCGCGUCGCGUUGGCCACCUACCCCACGCCGCUACAGAUAAUAUCGCGACAUCUAGCUCUGACAAAGUCAGCGAGAAGGUCGGCGAUAAAGUCAACGAAACCAUCGUCCCAGGCGUCGACGGCCUCGUCGGCCCAGUUCCGAACCCCCGCGGCAGUGCCGGGGCAAGCAGAGCUUCGACAACUAGUACGAUCCCACUCGCCGUAGCCAUGGAAUAUCUGCAGCGCACUCUGGCCGAGAUCAAGCGCUUCAAGUACGAAAUGGACUUCCAGCCUGCCCAUCAGAUGGAGAACCGCUACCCACCAACAGCCGUUCUAUACGGCAAGAGUGUGCCCACGGUCUACGGUGCGCGUGUCUCCUCGCGCGAGGCCAUCAAGCAAACAGACGCCUAUGACGACCUUGCCUUUGCGGCUGGCGAUGGUGUCUGUCUCGCUUCUGCGGCCAUGUUGCCACCCGGGUACCGAAUUAUCAAACAUGGAUUGGUGAAGAGUGAUCGAGGACAUGUUGGUUUGCUCGGUGACCUUGAGGGUGUGGGCCAGUGUUUACGGGCUAUUAUUCGGGGACGAAAAGAAGGAGUCGGUCUUGGGAACUCGAAAUCAUGA